UUGUUGGGUGAGUUUGAAACAACUCCCCCUGCCUUGGGCUUACACACACUGUGACUGGAUUUCCUAUCCCCCCCCGCCCCCCGCUCCCGGGCCGUGUGCCUUCUGCUGCUGCUUACUGUUAAAUCCAUGCAAAGCUGCAGUCUUUGAUUGUUUUUUUGCCUCCCCCCCCCCCCAGUUUUUUUUUCCUCUCUUUUGCUUUGAUUUCUGCGCGCGCGUGUGUGUGUUUUGCCUCCACCGAUCUUCACAAAUCGUUCUGGCAUGAGUUAAACACCCGAUAUGGACACCAAACAUUUCCUGCCACUGGAUUUUUCUACUCAAGUCAAUUCCACGUCCCUGAACUCUCCAACUGGCCGGGGGCCUAUGGCCGCACCUUCCCUCCAUCCAUCCAUCGGGCCAGGCAUUGGCUCCUCGCUGGGCUCUCCGGGUCAGCUCCAUUCGCCCAUCAGCACUCUGAGCUCCCCCAUCAAUGGCAUGGGCCCUCCUUUCUCUGUCAUCAGCUCCCCCAUGGGGCCUCACUCAAUGUCUGUCCCUUCGACUCCCAGCCUUGGAUUCGGAACUGGCAGCCCACAGCUCAAUUCUCCGAUGAACCCCAUCAGCAGCACAGAAGAUAUUAAACCACCCUUGGGACUCAAUGGAGUUCUUAAAGUGCCAGCACACCCCUCAGGAACCAUGGCCUCCUUCACCAAGCACAUAUGUGCCAUCUGUGGGGACAGAUCUUCAGGUAAACAUUACGGGGUGUACAGCUGCGAGGGCUGCAAAGGUUUCUUCAAGCGUACAGUGCGGAAGGACCUCACCUACACCUGCCGCGACAAUAAGGAUUGCUUGAUUGACAAGCGCCAGCGGAACCGCUGCCAGUAUUGCCGGUAUCAGAAGUGCCUGGCUAUGGGCAUGAAGCGAGAAGGGAUGGAGCACCAUCCAUCCCGGCCCACAAGACUUCUGGGAAGCCAAGAAGAACAAGCUGUGCAGGAGGAGAGGCAGCGAGGGAAGGACCGAAAUGAGAACGAGGUGGAGUCAACAAGUAGCGCCAAUGAGGACAUGCCCGUGGAGAAGAUCCUGGAAGCUGAACUCGCAGUGGAGCCAAAGACAGAGACAUACAUUGAGGCAAAUAUGGGCUUGACUCCUAGCUCGCCCAAUGACCCGGUAACCAACAUAUGCCAAGCGGCAGAUAAACAGCUCUUCACCUUGGUGGAAUGGGCAAAGAGAAUUCCCCAUUUUUCAGAACUGCCGUUGGAUGACCAGGUCAUCUUACUCAGAGCAGGCUGGAAUGAGCUUCUAAUCGCCUCCUUCUCCCACCGUUCCAUAGCUGUGAAAGACGGGAUUCUCCUGGCCACUGGCCUCCAUGUGCAUCGGAACAGCGCUCACAGUGCAGGAGUCGGCGCCAUCUUUGAUAGAGUACUGACAGAACUCGUGUCAAAAAUGCGAGACAUGCAGAUGGACAAGACGGAGCUGGGCUGCCUGCGAGCCAUUGUCCUCUUCAACCCUGACUCGAAAGGACUCUCCAACCCCGCUGAGGUGGAGGCUUUGCGUGAGAAGGUGUACGCGUCACUAGAGGCAUACUGCAAACACAAAUACCCCGACCAGCCUGGAAGGUUUGCGAAACUCUUGCUUCGCCUCCCCGCCCUCCGAUCCAUUGGCCUGAAAUGCCUGGAGCACCUGUUCUUCUUCAAGCUAAUAGGAGACACGCCCAUCGACACCUUCUUGAUGGAGAUGCUGGAAGCACCCCACCAAAUGACAUAGAGAAUCUCAGCUGGGUCAGUCCCUUCACCCAGCAGGGGCCUCAGCAGCCUCCUCCCACCUCCACUCUUCCUCUUCCUCCUCCCUCUCCCCAGUGCCAGAGACCCCAUCCGCUCUUCUCUGUCUGACCCAGGGUGACACCCCGCUGGCCCUUGCCUCCUCGUCACACUGACUUCUGCUCAUUUUGUCACCGCUGCAUCGAAGGGGCUGACGAUUGUUUUACUAUUUUAGAUGUAGAGAGGUGGGAUGUAGCGUUUCAGAAGCAAACAACCCCCCUGCUCCGCCUCCUGGCACACCUGAGUUUGAAGCCAAACUGAAGGCCAGGCUUCUCAGCUCCCUGUCUGCCCCUGCCGUAGUUGGGUUUGGAUUUCUGCAUGUGGCUGAGAUGAUUGGUUGGAAGCAGGCAGCGGGGUUGAUCCCACCCAUAGGAACUCUGAGCUGCUGGGGUUUGGAUGGACUGGGGGAGUGGUUUAAUCCUGCUUACCCACAGCUGGAUAUUUUCAGAGGAUGGAGUUUUUGAAAGAGGAAAGAAUAUAUAUUUUUGGUUUCUAACAAUUAGUAUUUACUUCUCUCGAGGAAAGCCGCUCUGGAAUGGCCCCUGCCAUGUCGCGAAUGAGGAUUUUUUGCAGAGCCUUCUCUUUUAAAUGAAAAGCAGGGGAUUGUGCGAUUGAUCGCUUAUCCCCUUCACCCUCCCCAAACUAAUGACCUGAACGGAGAGAUGACCAGUCACACCGAGAGACUGAGCCCCCCUCUGUGUGUGGAGGGCAGUGUGGACGGCGGUGACUUCAGUGCCCUGCUUUCCUUCUGGAAAAGCAACAGCGUGUCAUGAUUUUUCCAAAGAUGACUAUUCUCUCAGUUGUGGAGCUAGCCAAUCAAAACACGAACCAUCCGGAUUGCACAAGUCUGUAGCGGUUGCUUUAAGGCUGCAGUGAUUCCAAUUCCCACUCCCUCCUAAGAGUCUUACUGGGAUCCCUACCUCUCCCUUAACACGCAGGCAUUCGUCAUGACCCAUAACGCUACGUGCAUUUCACAUUCUGGUGUCCACGCACACUUGCUCAAUCAGGCCAAGCAAACUGGUUGAUGUUAGAUUGUCAGGGCUUCUGGGAGAGCCAGUUUGCCUGGCAGUAGGACUGAUGGCAGAGUGGUGCGAAUAACCGAUUCUUCAGCUCACGUGUACGUCGAUAGGGCCCAAUUCAUCACCGUUUUGCAAAUCAUUGACACCAGUGUAAAAUGUUACCACCCUCAUCUGACGAUUUGGCAGCAUGGGUGUAGAUGACUGCACAGGGUGCCAGGCAAUGAUAAAUUGGGCCUUAGGGCAGCACUUAAUUGGUGAGAUUGAUUGGUGAAGUGAGGGCUGUGCCUUCCCCAAAACUCUUCCCCGUCUGCUCUAGUUAUUGAUUUUUGUGGGUGAUUUGGUGCUCCCCACAGGGAUCAGGAAAUGGGGCUGCAGCUCUGUCCUAGUGGCCAAAAAGGUGAUUUUCCAUUUUCUGGUUAAAUAUUACAUUUACCAUCUCAGGAUAGAGAUUUCAAAGAAAUCCCCUCAUCCUCCCCCCGCAAAAAACCCUUUUGCUUUCUCCAUUGGACUCUCGCACCAUUUUCUUAGAACAACACGUGAUGAGCAUUCAGGAACACCUCCAUUUUGGAAGGGCCCGGGCAGGAAACCUUUGCCAUGCCUGGGGAGAUAUCCGAGAACAGCAGGGAGCACUGAAGGGACUACUUACCUUUGCAGUACCUUUGGCUGAUAUUCCAUGUUUCUGUGGUAAUUCUGAGGGAAGCUGUAUUAUAAAAAUUCUGCUUUAGCCAGGAAACAAAAAUGCAGUAACUUUAGCUUGAUCACUCAAAAAUCUCUGAAACCUGUCAAAAAUCUCUGAUCUCUUGGACAGCAAGGUGGCUGGUGGGUUUUUAGGUAAUUCCCUAAAUGCUUCGAUCCUAGAAACACAACCACUGAGGAGCAAUUACUUGCUGAUCAGAGAUACUAAUAAGAUCUUAUCUAGCCCAUUCAUUCGAAAGCAGGAUCGUUCCCUACAGUCUAUUCCCCAGAAUUCUGUCCAGUCCAGUUUGAAAUGACCUGAACAACUAGGACUCCACCACUUCCCUGAGUAGGGAGGUUAUUUCACAGUCUGCUGGAUCUCACUUUUACAGAUUUUUCCAGCUCUUCAGCCUGUUGGCUGAUUGUCCCAGGCAGCAGGAGACGCUUUAAAAAAUGUGUGGGGAAGGUGGAUCAGUUUUUUUGUUUUUUUUUUUUAACAGACUGCUGGUUUCUCACUUAAUCCCUGUGCAUUUGCCAAAACACAGCACUGCACAAACUCUGGGGAACAUCCUCAGGGUUCUUAGGGGGCAGCGAAUCAGCCAGGUGUCGCCUGAGGCCAAGCUAGAAAACAAAUUAAAAGGAAAAGCAGAAGAAACAAUGAAGUAUCUUGCUGAUUUUUUUUCAGAGGAAAGUAGCUAUUCUUAACACACGAAAGGAGCAUUUGGGCCAAGCCAAGAACGAGAUGCCUGCAGUUGGCUCCCUACCAGGGACUUCCCUGCUACUUUUAUUUGGUUUGUGCUUUAAAAUGACAAAUUAUUAGCAUCCAAAACUUUCUUCUCCUGCCCCAUUCGUUACAACUGGCUCUUUAAAUAGCUGCUUUGUGUCUCAGUCAAGUGUGAUCAAGCAAAUCCAACCCUGGGCUAUUACCUGUGUUCAUUCAGAGGCAUGGUUGAUACUCAAUCUUGCAGCUGCUGCCCACUUUCCAAACAUGCUGGCAGUUCAAAUUCCAUCAGCUAAUAAGGCCAUCUUGUAGUUAAACAAGGAUUUCAGGUCAUAACUGACCCCCAGGCCAGCCUGAAGUGUCAACUCCACAGAGGCAGGGAACGUGUUUGGCUGCGUUUCUUUGGCAGCCUGGGCGCUGCUGAAAAUAUUAUUAAACAGCUUCGUCCUGGAAGAAUUUGCCAAGGAAACAAGGCAAGAGAACAUAGUUAUCUAGAGGAUGCCAAUGUGGACCAUCAUGGUCUAUGCAUUUCCAUCGGAAGCGUGAGAGAGCGGUCAGCAGGGGAUUGCGGGUACCUGUAAACUUCCUACCAGGCUGGCACAUGGGAUCUGAGCCCAAAAGCAUCAUGGUUAUUUUUUAACCAGCAUUUUGGAUCACCAUCCCUGUCAUUGCUACUGAAUCUCAGGUGUUUAAACAUUUUAGGAGUCUAAGAAGCCUGGAUUAUGUGUUAUGUCUGCCUAGAGCCUGCUUGCCCGAGAAUAUCAGGGUGCUUUAUUAAAGAGCCCAUUGAAUCUAGCACUGUAAUAAACCUUUACUCUUGUUUAUCUCCAUUGGGCAGAACCCCCUUUUUUUUCAAUUGGAUGCUUGAAAGGAGCUGUGUUGGGACUGGAAGUCUGAGUUGCUGUUUGUUUUUCUAGGUUGCAAAUGUGAGCUCUUAGCCAGCUUUUCAUCAGCCGUCAGAAGGAGCUAGGGAACAGGGGCUGGUUUAGGCCAAAGACGGACUUGUGCGGGGGGGAUGACGACUUCUGAGCCCCCCUGGGGAAAGGUGGGCAGAGCUGCGAUCUAAUGAGCAUUCAGCACAUCUCACCCACAUUAAUGUAGAACUACAUCUGAGUCUAAACGGCUUCCCCAGCUCUUCAGUAAAUAAAUAGUACAGUAUCCUAGAGCAAUAGCGUCAAACACUGCAGUACCAGUAUUAGAAACUUGAGCAUCCCUGCAGAAUACUGUAGAGUAAAGAUGAAGUAUCAUCCAGCAGUUACAGCAGGCGGUUUGGCAGUCAGGACUCCUGCCAGUGACUUGUUGCGUAACCUUGGGCACGUUUCUGUGCCUUGGUUUUCCUUUCUUUAAAAUGAGAAUAAUAAUAAUAAUGCCUCCUAAGCAUGGAGCAUGAGGUUCUUUUUAAUUUCGAGGGGUGUUUCAGCAGAGGUAGAGACAGAUCUUCAACUGGUGCAGAUCGGCAGAGCUGCAUUGACGUCAGUGGGGGCUAUGGUGAUUUGUACCAGCUGAAGAUCUGGCCCCCAGGGAGUCGAGGAAGCAUUUGUAGGAACGUAUUUUACCCUGAACAAACAUGAACGACCCAUUUCAGGACCUGCAAGCAACAGUUACCAAAAUCAAAUGCCAACCCAAAUGUUCCCGACCCUGCUUGUUCCCCAGCUGCAGUGACACAGAAGCCCACAUGGGCUCUGUGACUUUUGCAGCAGCAGCAGCAGCCUUAAAGUGACCUGCUUUUACUUGGAUUUAAUUGACUCCUUCAUUUGUAUCUUCCUUCACGUUGGUUUUUUUCCCCCUCCUCAUCAUUAUAAUUAUUAUAACUAUAAUACAUGCUUGUUUGAAGAGGUGAUACAUGGGUAAAAAAGGAAAGGCACAUUAUUCACUAGAAAGCUAGGACUUUUACUUAACCAGACAUUAGUAUUCUCGCAAAAUCUGGUUCGAUUAAGGUGAUUUAUUUUUUAAUUCUUGGUUGGUUUUUUUUAUUAUUAUUAUAUUUGUUUGGUGGGACAAUCUUUAAUUUUCUAAAGAUAGCACAAACAUCAGCUCUUCAGCCACCCACCUACCACACUGGAUGUUCUUCGCUGCCUUGUGUGUGUGUUUCCACUGGAUCCUGGAACAAACUGAGCUUAAAUCAAUGUGCAUUUUAGGAUGUUUCCUCAAGAAGCCGUUGCACCUUCCCCCCCACUUUCUUCUCCCCCAAUCCCUAACUCCCAAACACCCACUUCAUGUAAAACCUUCACUGCGGAACUAUUUGCGUGAAAGGCCUUGAAAACAUACAUGUACUGUAUACUUAGGCAACAUACAGUGUAACUGGCCCCAUGGUUCCUGGCAGCCAAGCUGAUCUCUGCACUUUCAACCUUUAGACAGCGGUUUCAACUCAAAUCUGCGUCACAUCCAUUGAAGGGGAACGUUCCAGCCUAAACCCAGAGAAGUCUGCGGCGGGGGAAAAGUAAUACAUCAGAUUGGUUUUGUCUCAAAGGUCCAGGACUGGAAAAGCAAAUUGGCUACACCCCCAGUCCCUGGAGUUCUCCAGUGAACUGUAAGAUCCAGUCUCUCUGAGUCGUAUAUUUCUUUGGAACAGACUGCAGCCCACUUGCGUAACUGAAGAAUAUAUUCAGCCACCCAUCCUUUGACUCUUUGCCUGCUCAUCCCUUCCCACACUGCCACCACCCAUCAGCCCGUUGAAAUCAGUGCGGGUUAAGUGGCACACAUCCAGCAGCAAAGCUGACACAACCUUCUACCUGGACUGUUCAGCAGCCCUGAAGUGAUUUGCUCUUUUCCAAAGGGCAAGAGGAACUUAAAUGUUUGUAAUCAGCAAAUGAACAAAGGCUGGUUCUUCAUCAUCAGAGCAGGACCAAAGGAACCACACCUGACCACCAAUCUCCCAGUCAACAUUUUGGCACUCUUUGAGGACAAUCCUAAAUGGUGGUGGUAGAAGUGGGGUCAAGGAUGGAGACAUGUGACCUUGUAGCUGGCCCCUGUUACCAGCUGUGGCUAAAUAGCUGAUGAUGUCCCCAUCAGUGACCAGAGUGCAUGAUCUAUUUUAAGUUGAUACAUAUGUGUGUGUGUAUACAUGUAUGUACUGUAGAUAUAUACACUGUAUAAAUAUCCUCACUCACAUAUACAUAUAUUAUAACCGUAGCAAAUUACAGACUUUUUGUUUUCUUUAAUUUGAUUCUUUUUUUUUUCUCAUACAUUUUUGCUUCAUGUAAGCAAGUACAUUGUAUCAGAACCCCUUCUGGAUUGGCUUGCACCAAGACCGGAUCUUUAUAACUCAAGACAAAGGAAAUGCAUCUAUUUUAAGAUGCUAUUUUUUUUUUUUUUUUUAGAAGCAGGUGAUUUGACUAAAAUAGCUUUAGCAAUUCCCAACACUUAGCGAGAGAUGCCUUAGCUAUGGGGUGCAUAGCUAAAAUAAAAUAAAAUGUAGAAAGAAUUACAAAAAUAAAAAAACAGAAAUAAAUAAAAAAGAAGAUAAGGAAAAAAUAUCUAAAUCAUCAAUAAAGUUUAAAAAAUCUAUUUUUGUACAAAUGUAAUUUUAUCCCUUACAUAUUCUUUGUUUUAUUUCUGCUUCUAUAGAGAUUGUUGUAAACUCUUUCUCUCUGUAUAGAUGUUCCACCAAAGGGACGGAAACCUGAAUGAGAGGGAGAAAAAAUUGACAGUGUUUUAAAGGCUUUCUAUGAAAUCUCUUUGGAAAUAUUUUUUUUAAUGGACUUUUUAUUCUUUCCCCCACCACUUCUGAAAAAAAAAUUUUUUUGGUCUCUUGUCAUGUUUAUCCGGCGUUCCUGCAGGUCUGUUUUACUGUGAAAUCACUACCGUAUAUUAUUGUUCACACACACACAAAAUGCUGCUGGAAACGCCAGUAUUUUGAUGAACAAUUGUAUUAGAAUUGUAAAAAAAAAAAAAAAAGAGGAAAAAAAAGAGGAAAAAAAAGAAAAUAUACGAGCGUUUUAAAAUAUAAUCUGGUUCAAGCCCUCUUUUGUUCUUAAUGGGUGUUCUUUGAUUUACUCUUUAAAGACCUGAUCCCAACCCCAUUGAAGUCAAUGUAAAUACUCUCUCAUUGACUUCCCUGGGCUUUGGAGUGUGUCCUCCACCGGUACUUCAAUGGAAUCACUGGCAAACUUCAUGUUUUCUCACUUGUAUCUGUAAUGAACCAGUGUGCACAGCUCCACCUUGUGGCCACCUUUAGUCCUGUUUACAUUUCCACUCCACUUGACUUUUUCUUUUCCCUUCCUGAACUGGGCAACCUGAGCUGCUUGAUGUCAGAAGAAGAGAGGCUGAGAUUUGACGGCUCUCUUAGGUUAUUGUUACCAUUUGGUUUACACAUGAUCUGUCUACGGUUGGACAGAGGACAGAAAUUCAGUCCAAUAGCCAGCCACCGUUGUGUGAGAGCUGUAUUCCCGUUCGAGAACCACAGAACUGUCCACUCCAGUGUAAAACACAAGCUGUUCCUCGCCUCCCAGGCCACGCGCUCCAGAAUACGCAGCCUGUAUUGGUGUUAUGCUCUGCGAUACAUGAUCGCAAGUGGCCCGAAACCUUUCAAUUGGGUUGGGCGGGUGGGUGAAGGAAAACAGACAUUUUCCUUUCCCCAUUGCCUGCUGCUCAGCCAGAUGAGCCUUUGAAUUCGCCAAAACACCUGUAGGACCAGAGAAUGCUCGUGGUACAGUUCAGAACUCCAGGCACUCCUAGAAGCAAACUGGAUACUAGCUGUUAUGGGGAAAAAGCUUUCCCUCUGCCAUAGGCAAAUCACCCGUUUAACACCUUCCAGAUUUUGCCUUAGAUAACUUAAUAGAAAUACAGCGGUGGCAUAAUUCUCCCUGCUUAGCAUAGAGGAUCCCGAGGGAAUGCUGCAGAUACUCAGGUGUUGUAAUUAAUGCAGGCCAUUGGAAAGCUGUUAAGGCUGAUCACUGGAGAUUAGGGUGAACAGGUCAUAGGGAUGGUGCCUAGUGUAAAACCCCUACUGCUGAUGACGAGAGCUGUGGAUGCACAAUGGAAGAUCCAAAGCCAAUGUCAAUUCAGUUUUGCACCUUGUGGGCCGUAGUCAGACUUAAGGGUGUAGAGUCCUGUGCACAUGGAGUCCUUUCAUUGACAUCAAGAAGGCUUUGGAUCAGGCCCUACGUGGACAAUUGAUAUCAAUGGGAGGGGUGGGUGAGGGUCUGGGAACAGAGGUUACCCCUUGGCUUUUUUUUUGCUGCGGGGGAUUGUUUUGUGCAGCUCUGGUGCUUGUGAUCAGCCAGUAUAGAGAGGAGCAAGGCUGCCUUUUGGGUAGCCUAUUCCACUGUAAAACAUCAAUACCUUGAACUAAUAUAGCAGGACCAUGAUUGCACAAUGGAGACGUUAAUCCAUGCCCCUUUGGGAUCCACUAAGUGUUCAGCUCAGCAUGGAGAGUAGGUGCACCCCGGUCCUUUUGUGACACUUCUCACUCGCACAGUGACAACAUUAUAUUGACACUCUGUCCCCUGAGGGCUGGCAUGAAGAUACCAGGAGACUGUGUUGUUUUAAACCCACCUUCCCUGCUGAUGUCCAAUUUGUGCCCUCAAGUGGGAGCAUUGCAGUGUAGGGAGGUGUCACUGAAUUCCUAAGGCAGUUUGUGUGUGAACAGAAGCUGCUAGCAGUGGUCUGGGCUCUAACCUGAACUUGGUGCUACAAAGAAGACUGGAUUUGCUCUUGGGUUUACAGUGGAGGUGAAUGUUCUCCAAUUGCUACAGAAUAGAUCAAAAUGUUGGGGGGGGGGAUUAAAUUGAGUUAGUGCUGAUCUGUGAAUUUAAAAAGCACUUACAUUUUGUUUGAAAAGGGAGGUGGGGGAAGUUUUUACCUUAAACUCAGCAUAUUUAGCAAGAUCGCUGCAUUUUGUGCUCACUAGUGCAAGCCUUUAGGAAAAUAUACUGCAGUAAUAAUCUCUAAUGCUACAGCGUAGUGUUACUGCGGAGUUUGAGGCUGUUAUUGCACAGUACUGUAGUCAUGAUGGUUAAGUAUACAAUACUGCAACAGGGUGAAAUGGCAGAAGAUGGGCCCCAAGGAGCUUUGGACCUGACUCUGAGCUAAUGCUGGUGCAGCUCAAUUGACUUCAGCGGAAUCUUUCCUGAUUCAUGCUGUAACAGAGAUCAGGGUCAGGCCUGGUAUUUGGAUCUAGAUUAGGGUUAAGAUAGCAGUUCGAAGCUCUGAGAGCUAGGGAUUGGGUUGUGGUUCAGGUUUGACAGCUGCAAAAAUGGUGUGAGCUGUUCUUGUGAAAUGUUGUCUUGUGGGAUUCUGGGGAGAUCAGCUGAUUUGGGCCAUUUUGAACGGGGGACUUCUGGAUAGAGCAGCUGCUAUAUGAGAUGUUAGCCAUCUUGUGCUGUUCCCCUGGAAAUAUUGGCUGCAUCCAGUCUGAAAACAGAUCCCAUUCACCGCUGGAUCCCCUCCAAAUCCAUCGCAUUUGAGGGGGAAUAUUUGGAAUUGAGCUUCCAGUUUUGCCCCAUUUCUAAGGACAAAUUAAAGAAAAAUGGAGAGUGGUUUUUACAAAUAGGUUAGAUUUUACAUGGUAAUGGGGAAAAGGACACAGUCGGAUGCUGCUGAGUGAAGAAAGGUCUGGCCUUUUCAUCGCUGAAAUCCCACAUAUGCUCUUAAAUACACAGUGCCCAUUCUGGGCCUCUGCAUAGGGCUGAAAUUCACCCCCCACCCCCAAGGCAGUAUCUCAGGUGAAGGGAGGGGCAGACGGCACACAGAGCCUGUUGAGUUGACAAAUUUCAUUGCUCCUGUCUCAGAGGCUGGUUAUUUGUCUUGUUAAUCUGCAGGCAGCUGUAUGUGUUUGGAGAAUAAAUAUUUACCUCCCUUUCCUGUGUUUUUUGGUUCUCCCAGGGUGGAGCUAGGUGGCUAGGACCGAUGGCGAUGUGAUAUUCUUUCUCUUUAACAGAGGACUCACAUUCACUGUAGUGAUUGAUGAGUAGUCUGACUUAAAAGCUGCUCACUGGUUUUAAAAUACAUUUAUUUUUAACAUAAGAUUUGUUUAUAUAUUUAAAAAAGAAAGUAAACAUGAAACAGCUUUCUUUCUUUCUUUCUUUCUUUCUUACUCUUCACAACUUCUUGGUGAUCAACACCGUGUUUGUCGAAAUCUCACUUGUGAAGUUUCUCUAUUCUUCCCUCCCCUCUCCAUUCUUUUCCUCUCCUCCCGGGGAGGGUUCAUGAUCAAUUUGCUGCUUUCUCAUGGCCUUAGAACAUGAAGGGAGUAAGAGGUGCGGAGCUUGGAAAACUUUUUGGGAUUUCUCUGUCUUAUGCAGAGAUCAAAGCGCCUGUUUUGAACUUUUCUUGAUUUGCUGGUAUCAGAUGAUUAUUGUUUAAUGUAAUAAAAUCUGUUACAUACAA